UAUCCCUCCCACCGGUAUCUCUCUGCCAAAGCUCACAUUGUGAUGCAGCUGAAUUUCUACUCAAGUGCAUUCAUGUAGUAGUCUGCAACGAAUUCACUUCAAAACUAGCCAUUCUGUGGAUAUAAUAUGGAGCUAAUACACCCAAUUCUACUUUUGAUUCUGUGUAAUCUUUUGCAGUGUUGGGGAGUCCACAGAUCAUCUUCACAACUUUUGCUGCGUCAGAAAAGAAACUGGAUCAUUGAUUCCUUUACUAUUGAUGAAGGUUAUCAGGGACCUUUCCCAUAUUCACUGGGCAAAAUUGAGGUUGAGAAGGACCUCGUUCUUUUUAUGAUACAAGGACAAGGUGUCGAUGAGGAACCAACGCAAGUGUUAGAAAUCAAUCCAUAUACAGGAGAAAUAAAGGUCCUCCGUUCUGUGGACUGCGAACAAUAUCAAACUCUUAAGCUUAAAUUUAAAGCAUUUGACAGAGAAAAACAUGAACUAGAGACACAGCUCGGGAUUUAUAUAGAGAUUUUGGACUCAAACGACAACCCUCCAAAAUUUCUGUUUGAAAAGUACACUUUCACCAUAAAAGAGUCAGCAUUACAGGGCACUGAAGUGGGUAGAAUUCAAGCAACAGAUCAAGACAUAAGUGAGAAAUAUAACAAAGUUCGCCUUAAAAUAGUUUCAGUGGAACCUAAACCUGAAGAUCUUGAGUUCUACUUCAAAGAGAUCGAUGAGACAGGACUUGGAGUCAUUUCUUUUAAGGGAUGUCUGGACCAUGAGACAGCUGAGAAAUACACCAUUAUAGUGGAGGCCAAAGACAAUGGAGAAAAACCGCAGUCCAGCUCCUGCACCAUCAUAAUCAAUAUAGAAGAUGGAAAUAAUCAUCUUCCUGUCAUCACAAAGCAAACAGACCCAGAAAAAGUGAAAGAAGGACAGACAAAUGUUCUUGUUUCACAUAUACAAGUUCAUGAUGAAGACACCAGAGGAACCCCAGCCUGGAGAGCCAAAUAUACAAUCCAAGGAGACACAAACAACAACUUUAGAAUAACUACAGAUCCUGAGACAAACGAUGGACUACUCUAUGUGGAAAAGCCUUUAAACUACGAAGAUGGUGCUCUGAAGAAUAUAACUAUCACUGUAGAGAAUGAGAUCCCCUAUUAUUCAUGCAAAGUGGAAAAACGCAGCACCACUGGUCUUUGGAAAGUAGUUACCACAUCUGCUUCUGCUGCUACUGGGUCUGCAAUGAGCGUUGUGACUGGAACAGCUCCAUCCAGGCAUCAAGUGAUCGUGACUGUUGAGGAUGUCAAUGAGCCUCCGGUUUUUGACAAGACUUCCAUAGAAACUGCGGUCUCUGAGAAUGUUAAGGAAGGCCAAUACCUGGCAACAGUCACAGCUAAAGACCCUGAUGUUGCCAACAAAAACACAUUUAAAUACAUGAUAGGACACGAUCCAGCUGGUUGGAUUAAAGUGGACCCCGACACUGGAAACAUAACCACAUCAAAGUCCUUGGAUCGAGAGUCAGAGUUCGUUAAAGACAACAUUUAUGUCGUCACAAUAUGUGCUGUGGACGAUGGGAAACCACAAAUGACAAGCACUGCAACUCUUAGUAUCUAUGUUAGAGAUGACAAUGAUCAUACUCCAUACCUGGUUGUAAGCACAAUUGAAAUGUGCCAAUCUGAUGGACAAUCCUUUGCCAACAUCACAGCCUUAGACUCAGAUGUUGAGCCCUACAGUGGCCCUUUCACCUUCAAGCUCCAUGGAGAUGUUGAGGGCAAGUGGAAGAUUGACCCUGUCGUUGGUUAUUCAGUCAACUUGGUUAAAGAGUCUACAGUUCAUUCCGAUCACCAUGAGCUGUUGCUAGAAGUUUCUGACCAACAGGGGAAAUCAGCUUUCCACAACCUGUCAGUUACUGUUUGCAGCUGCUUAGACUCAGAAAUCCCAAACUGUCAUGUGAGGACAUCUGGCACCACACUAGGAGCGGGAGGAGUGGGAAUUAUUUUGUUGGCCAUGCUGCUGAUUACAGGUUUGCUACUUUUGGCUCUUCUGAUGUCCUGCGAAAAACAGAUCUUGGAAAUCAAAGACAGUUUAUCUUCUGAACAACAACUGAUGAAGUCUAACACUGAGAAUCCGGGAACAGACUGUCCAGUGGCCAUCGUGAAUCAGAAUGGGAACGAGAUGCAAGAAAUAUCUCAAGUUACAACUGUGAAAACGAAUCCAGUGUUUCUUCUAAAUGACUCAGAAACUAACUCAGAAUUCCUCAAGUAUCAAAAAGAAAGCUCAAUGGCACAACCUUUCAGUCGUGGAAGCUUUAUGCACAUGUCACAGCGGGGAUCAAACAUGGGAAUGGGAUAUCACCAGGGACAAUCUGUGAGUGGGCUGAUGAAUGAAGCAGUACAUGGAGGAUUACAAAUGAACUCACUAACCUCACAGUACAAGGGGGAAGGAUCAGGUUCAGCAUUUAUUCGUGGAAACUUCAUGCGGAAGUCACUGGGAGCAAUAUCAAAUAGUGGAAUGACACAUCUCCAGUGGCAAUCCAGACAUGGGCUGACAGAUGAAGCCAUACGUGGAACAUCACAAACCGUUACUCGUGGAAGCUUUAUGCACACGUCAUUCGGAGCAUCAUCAAACAAAGGAAUGGCACAUCUGCAGGUUCAAUCUAACCAUGGGAUGUAUAUGGGACUAGACCACCGAAACCAGCUACUAAACCAGGUAAUACCAACAAUGAUAAAUACUCUCCAGGAACCAGGAAAGGAACUGGGCGAUUAUGUACCUCAUGUAUAUAAUGAGGAGGGAGACACAGAGCAUAAUUUUGAGCUUGAUGCAAUCUCCAUUGCUGAUGUUUCCUUUGACCCUGAAAUGGACCUGUGUGACAAGUUCACUACUCUGGCUUCAGUCUGCAUGCCUAGUGAUGUCACCACAGUGCAGAAAAUCCAAACAGCAACUCUUGUCCAAGAGGAAAGCCAUGAACUAAACUGGCAGAAACUCACAUUAAAUGAGGUUUACAUUUCACAAUAAAGUCACUAGACCUCAAGUAUAAGGUACAAUAUGAAAAGUAGUCAUAGUUAUUUAUUCAGUUGUCUGGGAGCAUAAUAUGGUAAGAAGCAGUGUCAUGUCAUAGUGUUUACAAUAGACUGGGUAAUGCAAAAACUAAUGCAGAAAGGUGAAUAUGGUGUUUAUCAAAUCUGUUUAUUUGCACUCUGGGAAACAUAAGAUCAAUUGUACUAAGAGGGUAAUGCUUUCUACUUUCGGUUGGGUUAUCUUGAGCUUCUGUUCUCAAAAGUGUUUUUAAGGUUCCUUGUUUUAAUUUUUUUCUAUUGCGACAUAAUAUAUUUCAAGCGUGUCAACUGUUUUCUUUGUCCAUUAGAGGUUGUCAGGCAUUUUAAAAAACAGAGUUAAGCUUGAAUGCAUGAAUCUUAAAGGUAUGCAGGUGUGUCUUGUGCAAAUAAAAGCUUUCUCCAGAAUAAA